GGGGUGUUGCUGUCGCUGUCAGUUCCGGCUGUUUGUUCGGGAAGUGGAUCCAGUCCAGAGCCACCGCUGCCGUCUGAAGAGACCCUACCUCUCCCGUCCCCUCCGCUCUCCACUGGCCAUGGCCAGGGACUACGAUCACCUCUUCAAGCUGCUCAUCAUUGGCGACAGCGGUGUUGGUAAAAGCAGUUUGCUGUUACGCUUCGCAGAUAAUACAUUCUCAGGCAGCUACAUUACCACGAUUGGAGUGGAUUUUAAAAUCCGGACAGUUGAGAUUAACGGGGAGAAGGUGAAGUUACAAAUAUGGGACACAGCUGGACAAGAACGUUUCCGGACUAUCACAUCAACGUAUUACAGAGGGACGCAUGGGGUCAUUGUUGUCUAUGAUGUCACCAGUGCAGAAUCCUUUGUGAAUGUAAAGCGGUGGUUACAUGAAAUUAACCAAAACUGUGAUGAUGUCUGCCGGAUACUGGUGGGAAAUAAGAAUGAUGACCCAGAGAGGAAAGUGGUGGAGACAGAAGAUGCCUAUAAAUUUGCUGGGCAGAUGGGAAUCCAACUGUUUGAGACCAGUGCCAAAGAAAACAUUAACGUGGAAGAGAUGUUUAAUUGCAUUACAGAGCUGGUUCUGCGAGCAAAGAAAGAAAACUUAGCAAAGCAGCAACAGCAGCAACAGAAUGACUUGGUGAAGCUAACUAAGAACAGUAAACGGAAGAAGCGGUGCUGCUAAUACCCUUUACCUAAUGCAGAGACUCUGCUCUUACAGAUCAGCCUCUUCUAGACUUGGGCUACUUCACUGGGGCAGGCUUUGGGAGGACUCUCAGUUUUGUGCCAUUAUUUAAAGAUUUUUCUCCAUGUUUUCUAUCAAGAGGCACUGGCACCUUACCAUGUUAGUGCCAAGAAAGUAUCGGAUGGACACUUGCUCCCUUUCUUCUCCCCUGCUCACUCCAGUGCGCCUUGUAGGCCAUGUCCUUUCUUGUCUACCAAGUGGACUGAUUAAUCCAAGAGUUUGUAUAUAAUGUAUAUUGCUUUCCCCAGCCGCUCCUCCCUCUUGUCACUUUGGCUUAUGACUUCUUAAUGUCAAUCAAUCAUGAACUGCAGUUACCUUUUUAAAGAUAGAAUACGAAGUUCUUAACUCUAGUAGGCUCCAGGCUAGCAUCAAUUGUUGCUGAGGGUUUGGGCUCCGGGCUGGUGCCCCUGGGUCCUUUGGUUUCACUUUGAGUUCCAGGCUGUUACUGGGGCUUUGGCUUAAUUUUUCUAGGUCCCAGGGUUGCUGCUGGAGCCUGGGGUUUCACUUCACCAACCCCUGGGCUAGCGGCUGGUGCUGGGUUUCACUUUGUCAUGCUCCAGGUUUGUGGUCAGGACCUUGGGUUUCACCUUUGCUUUGUGGUGCAGCCCAGCUGUACAUGUGCUCUUUAGUUUGUAUUGAGAGAUUUAAAACUAAACCUGCAAAAAUUGGAUUUAUUUGGAUUUAAACUUUUUGGUUAUUUAAAAAAAAAAUGAAACUGAACUCCUGUGACAUCAGCUUCUGGGUUUGCUGGUUGUUCCAGGCAAGGGUCCAGACUCUUCUUGAGCGUAACAAGAUAGUGUGAAUCUGCCAAAAAAAAGCUCCUCAUGUUGCCUUAUCAAGUAGAUCUGAACUCAAAUGUGAAUGCUGGUGGCAAAGCAAUGCUUUCCAGAGAGAUGAAACAUAUGGCUGUGAAUCCAGCUCUUUGGGUUGGCUUUUGGAUCCAACAGUUGCUGCAGCAUCAUUCCCAGGAGUCUCCUGUCACAGUGGAGGACAGCUCUCUCUAAUGUAAAGAAAUGGAAAGUUAUUGCUCACAUUAUGUGGUGAUGGUUGUGGGUAGCGUUGUCUUUGUUCAGCCUAAUGAGACCAGAGUAUGUUACCAAACAGCAUUCCCCUGGCCUUCACUUGUGGGAAAAUAAGGACUCAGUUCAUCAAUCCCUGAAAUAGAUAUGUUUGGGCUGCUGAGUAACACAUGUUCAUCAACUGAUUAUCUAAGCAAAAAAGAAAUUCUCCUGAAAUACUGACUGGAAAGGGGUGGGGGCUGUGGCUGCUGGCCC